AUGAAUAACAACCAGGAUUGGCAAGAGUUUGCACGUCAAGUCCGUAACCGUGCUAGUAAAGUUACGUACAGUGGCCCAAAGGGUGGUCCAAAAGGUGGACCAGCUGGACUAUUCACUGGUGGAGUUGGAUUGAUUCUAUUGGGAGGAGGUGCGCUCUUGUUGAACUCUUCUCUAUUUAACGUUGAUGGUGGUCAUAGAGCCAUUAUGUACUCACGUAUUGGUGGUGUUCAACCUCAAAUCUACAACGAAGGAACUCAUUUUGCCAUUCCAUGGUUUCAGACCCCAGUUGUCUAUGACGUUAGGGCCAAGCCACGUAACGUUGCUUCGUUGACAGGUACAAAGGACUUGCAAAUGGUCAACAUUACGUGUAGAGUACUUUCUAGACCAGAAGUUGGUGCAUUACCAGUCAUCUAUAGAACAUUGGGUACCGAUUAUGAUGAAAGAGUGUUGCCAUCUAUCGUGAAUGAAGUUUUGAAAUCUGUUGUUGCACAGUUUAACGCUUCCCAACUUAUCACACAAAGAGAAAGGGUCUCGAGACUCAUCAGAGAGAACCUUGUUAGAAGAGCAUCAAAGUUCAACAUUUUGUUGGAUGACGUUUCCAUCACAUAUAUGACAUUCUCUCCAGAGUUUACCAUGGCUGUUGAAGCCAAGCAGAUUGCACAACAAGAGGCACAAAGAGCUGCCUUUAUUGUGGAUAAAGCCAGACAGGAGAAGCAAGGUACAAUUGUUAAGGCUCAAGGUGAGGCAAAGUCCGCUGAAUUGAUUGGUGAGGCCAUCAAGAAGUCAAAAGACUAUGUUGAAUUGAAGAGAUUGGACACCGCUAGGGAGAUUGCUCAGAUUCUCUCCAACUCUCCAAACAGAAUCAUCUUGGAUAACGAGGCGUUGUUGUUAAACACCGUUGCAGAUGCUCGUUUGAAGAAAUGAUUUGAAAAGCUUCAGAAUCUAUACACACAAAAAAUAUAUACAUUAAAAGAGGUAUAUAUAUAU